AUGAGCUUCAACGCGCCGGAUAUCGCGCACCACGCACCCAACAAACACCACUCCAGCGCAAUCAACACUCCCAACACAUCCUCUCGCGCCGCCUCCGUUGCCUCAUGCGGCUCUCGCGACAGCACGCUCUUGGCCCCUCAAUACAACCAAGACAGCAGCCAAGAUGAAAUCCAAACUUCCAACCCCGGCGACCCAUCCGAUCCUGAAUCCAGCCUCACCAAGCCCGCCGACUGGAAAUCCACCACCCACGAGCUCCUCAUCAUGGGCACCCUGGCGCUCGCCUCACUUCUCGUCGCCCUGGACGCCGACAUCCUCAUCGCGGCCCUUCCCCUCCUCUCCGCCUCCCUCUCCGCGAACACCACCACCGCAUUCUGGGCCGGCUCCGCCUACCUCCUCCCUUACGCCGUCGUGCAGCCCUUCCUCGCCUGCCUCUCCGACAUCUUCGGGCGCCGCCCCAUCCUGCUCCUCAGCCUGGGGCUUUUCGUCAUGGGCAGCAUCCCCUGCGCCUUGGCCGACACGAUAGCGACCCUCCUCGCGGGCCGCGUCAUCCAGGGCGUCGGCGGCGGCGGCAUCGUCGCCCUCGCCCAAGCCGUCUACACAGACAUCGUGCCGCUGCGCCAGCGCCCCAAAUGGUUCGGCAUCGUGCUGCUCGCGUGGGCGGUGGGUACGAUGAUCGGCCCCGUCGUCGGCGGCGCCCUCGCCGACAUGGCCCCUGACGGCUGGCGCUGGUGCUUCUGGAUCAACCUCCCCAUCGGCGUGCCCGCCAUGCUCGCCAGCUGGUUUUUGGUUCGGCUGCGCCCGGCCGAGAGUCCAUUGACGCUGUCGCAGAAGCUGCGCACCGUCGACUACGGCGGCGGCGUCCUCUUCAUGGGCAGCGUCACCUCCGCUCUCGUCGGCGUCAGCUGGGGCGGCAACCAAUACCCCUGGGCCAGCGCCCCCGUCCUGGCGCCCCUCGUGCUGGGGCUGCUGGGCCUCGUGGCCUUCGCCGCCCACGAGCGCCACGUGGCGCGCUACCCGUUCGUGCAGCGCAGCGUCUUCCCCGACGCGAGCGCCGUCAUUUUGUUCAUCCUGGCUUUCCUGUACGGCCUCGUCCUCUUCCUCGCCCUCUACUACAUCUGCUUCUACUUCAGCGCGGUGCGCCUCGCGAGCGCCACGGUCGCCGGCGCCAACAUGAUCCCCGCGCUCGCCCUCGCGCUGCCCGCCAGCAUCGUCUGCGGCGUGCUCAUGACGCGCUGGGGCCGCUUCCGCUGGGCCACCUGGUCGGGCCACGCCCUCGAGCUGCUGGGCUACGGUUUGACCAUCAUGUUCGACGAGGACACGCCCGUGGCCAUCUGGGCCGUCGUGCUUUCGGUGAUUGGCUUGGGGAGUGGCUUCAGUCUCAGCUCCAUCAAUUUCGGCGUGCAGACGACGACGCGCAGCGACCGCGAGAGCGCCGCGGCGACGGUCAUGUAUACCUUCAUGCGCAGUGUGGGCAUGUGUGUGGGCGUCAGUGUCGGGAGCACGAUUUUCCAGAACGUUGCGGGCGACGCACUCGCGAGUCGUGGCAGGGAUGCGGGUAUCGCGCAGAAUGCCGAGGCGUUUGUGCUGAGGGAGCUGGUGUUUCGGGAUCCUGGCGAUGAGGUUAGAGUGGACGUGGUAAGGUCGUUUGUCGUGGGCAUGCGGGCGGUGUUUAUUGUGUUGACGGCCGUUAAAGCGGUGGCGCUGUUGUUGAGUCUAGGGGUGGGAAGGAGGAGUAUGGAUCGGGAAUUGGAUGGGAGGUAUAGAGCUGCGGGUGGAAAGGGGGAGAAAGGGCAGCAGUCGCAGCAUCGAUGA